CCCCGCAGUGGAGCUCAGUCUCAGGUUAAAGAGCUUUUCCAUGGGAGGUGAAACAGCCAGGCUACAAGUCAGACCUCUCCUCUGGGCUUCUUUCUCCUUCUACCGAAUUAAACUUAUAUUUUUAAGGCAUUAAACAUUUUUUAAACUCUCAAAAACCAGCGUGGCACAAACUACCACCUGUUGCGUUCAAGGACCCUCGGGCAUCAAUGAAAGAAGCAGCGUGUGAGAUUUGGGGAAAAGUUAUGUCAGCGACCGUCUUGUCCGCUUUCUACGACAUGGACAUGCUGUUCAAGGAUACGAGCAUGAACAUGAACGCCCUGCACAUCAACAGCAUGUUGGAGAGGAAAGCUGUGGGAGCUCCGGUCCCCGCCGCGGGCUCCGGUGGCUCCUUCACGCCGGGGUUUUACCGCAGAAACUCCACCAGCAACUUGGAGGUGAUGAACAGUGGAGACAGGUACUCGCUGUGCUGCUACAGCGGGGAGACGGAAGACGCGCCGAGCACCACCUCCAUCAUGAACAAGGGGAACCGAUUCCGGGACCGCGCCUACAGCGAGAGCGGAGAGCGGGGCGUGCUGCAGCAGAAGCCCGGCGCCCAGAUCAACUCCACCCGCUACAAGACCGAGCUGUGCCGGCCCUUUGAGGAGAACGGCUCCUGUAAAUACGGGGAGAAAUGCCAGUUCGCUCACGGCUUCCACGAGUUGCGGAGCUUGUCCCGGCACCCCAAGUACAAAACGGAGCCUUGUCGCACCUUCCACACCAUCGGGUUUUGUCCCUAUGGUCCCCGGUGUCACUUCAUCCACAACGCCGACGAGCGGCGCCCAGCCCCUGCUGCGAACGCCAACGUGCGGGCGGCUGAACCCAGGUCGGCUCGGGAAGGCAGCGGCUUCGACCAGCAGCUGUCCAACGCCCACCGGGACAGACCCAAGCUCCACCACAGCCUCAGCUUCUCCGGCUUCUCCACGCACCUCGGACUCGACUCUCCCCUGCUUCACAGCCCCACGUCCCGGACUCCGCCACCUCCCAUGACCGCCUCAACCCCCAGCUUCUACGACGACGUCCUGUCCCCCAGCUCGGGGUCCUGCAUCGGCAGCGCCUUCCCCUUCCCGGGACAGGACUUGAGAGCCAUGCUUGCCCCCCUCGCUGCACACACUCCAGGCGGCUACAACGACCACUCAACCGGAGCCUUGUACCGGGUCACGCGGACCGGCCCUCCCUCCCCUCCGACUUACAACCAUCUGCAGACGCUGCGGCGCCUCAGCGAGUCCCCGGUGUUCGAGCCUCCUCCCAGCUCGCCCGACUCGCUCUCCGACCGGGAGAGCUACGCCAGUGGGUCGAACAGCUCCUCCGGGAGCCUCAGCGGCUCGGAGUCCCCGGGUCCGGACGCGGGAAGGCGGUUGCCAAUCUUCAGCAGGCUGUCGAUUUCUGAUGACUAACCGAUGAGAUUCUGUUUGGAUUAUAGACGGGUCGGGAGGGGGGCUGGCCGCAGGAAUCACACCCCGAACACCCCCGCUUGACCCGCAGGUUCAUAUCAGCAACCUCCCGAUGUGCCUUCGAGCAAGAUGUUAAAGUCCUGAGCAGUGUGCUGACUCCAACCCACAAGGAUAUGGUUUCAUUCGUGUACAUUUUGGAUGUAACAUAGCUGCAAUAAAACGUUUCUAGCUAAAAGACGGCAUUCCAUUAGUGCCUUGCCCAAGGGCUCCUACCGCUCUGUCAGGCAGGCAACCUUUUCAAGGCAUCAGAUGUGUCUAACAUGACUCGACAAGAAGAGACGACUUCAUGUUUCUUCCCGUCCUGCCGAGAAAACGCCUAAACUAAAAACAUGCUUUUUCUCUUCUUCGACGCCUUUUCCUCCUGUAGUGCCUCCGUUCUGCGCCACCUAGUGGCCUGUACGGGUCGUCUCUUGGUUAAAACCGCUUUGAGUUGGGUUUGUUUGGGAAAAUCACUUUUAGCUGUUGUUUUGGACUAUUUAACUUAUUUAUUAUCUUGUCAAAAGUAUAGGUGACAUUCGUGUAUUUAUCAGCUACGAUGAAGCAAUAGAUCUAUAUUCUUUUAUGUUUAAAUUAUGAGCGUCAUUAAUCUGUUAAAUGGAGUGUUCUUUUUCAGUAAUAUAUAUAUAUUUCCUAUUUUGAACUUUGAGUAAGAAAUGUAAUUUAAGAGAAUGUAUGUGAUAUUUAUUGCAUUAAUUUUGUUUACGGUUAUUAAAACAAAUGUGUGAUUUUCUGUAGGUCUGUUUUUGUUUCCAAAAAGGGUGUAUUUCUCAUUUAGUUGUUCCUGUAGAAUGUAAACAGGGUAGAAACCGUCCAAACCGUGCUUCUUGUUGAUCUAGAGUGGAUUUUAGUGGGAAAAGAACCCUACCGUCGACAAAUUAACCAAAAAGUAUUUGUUUCGUCUCCUGUUGGCACGAGGUCACACUGUGAUUCCAGCUGUGCGCUAAAGAAUGUAGCAACCUCUUGUGCCCCAGUAUUAUUGUUUGCGUUCAGUCUUUUACAUGCCUUGAAAUUAACCAAAUAAAGUAUUUUUCCUACAUAGCAUAUUUUUAUACAAGUUGAAUGAAUGUAGUGUUGGGUUCUGAAACAUUUUCUGGGUCAUUUCCACUCUGAUCCUCUGACGGAAGCAACUGUAAACUAUUAUGGUUUAAAUCUAUUUUCCUCGUUGUUUUUUACACAUUUGGUUUGUACAUAGUAGGUACCAGGGAAUGCACACUAUGUACUUUUGACUACUGUUAUCAGAAGUAAAGCCUUUUGAAUGUAACAGAUGGAUGGGGAUAGGACGGUUGUUAUGUUUGUUUGGGACUCGGUUCACUACAAAUCCAGGUGUGAUGCCGUUAAUGUACUGUACUUUAUUUUGUAGUUCUCCCAAUAAAGUCAUUUUGGUAAAAA